GUCAUUAGACUCUUGCUUCAUUUUUCUUUUGUGUCUCACCAAAAGAGCUUGCGAGAGAGGGGGAGGGAGAUGGGAAUGGAAGGGAUCAGCCACCGGAAGCUGCACGUGAACGGCAUCAACAUGCACGUGGCCGAGAAGGGCGACGGCCCCGUCGUCCUCUUCGUCCACGGCUUCCCCGAGCUCUGGUAUUCCUGGCGCCACCAGAUCGCCUCCCUCGCCGCCCGCGGCUACCGCGCCGUCGCCCCCGACCUCCGCGGCUACGGCGACUCCGACGCCCCUCCCUCCGCCUCCGCCUACACCAUACUCCACCUCGUCGGCGACCUCGUCGCCCUCAUCCACGCCCUCGGCCAGGACCAAGUGUUUGUGGUGGGGCACGAUUGGGGCGCGGCCGUGGCGUGGUGGCUCUGCAUGUUGCGGCCGGACAAGGUGAAGGCGCUGGUGAACUUGAGCGUGCCGUUUAGCCCUCGGAACCCUCACCGCAGGACGUUGGACUCGUUGAGGGCCAUCUUUGGGGACGACCACUAUAUGUGCCGCUUCCAGGAACAUGGGGCAACAGAAGCUGAAUUUGCACAGAUUGAGACUAGUUUGUUGAUUAAAAAGUUCUUAACAUAUCGCAAGCCAGAACCCAUUAUUGUACCUAAGGAGAAAGGAUUUGAUGGUACUCUUGAAACUCCUAUUGCCUUGCCUACAUGGUUGUCAGAAGAAGAUAUAAACUAUUUUGCUAGCAAAUUUGAGAAGUCAGGCUUUACCGGAGGAUUGAACUACUAUCGGUGCUUGGACUUGAACUGGGAGCUCACAGCACCUUGGACUGGGGCCCAAAUAAAGGUACCUGUGAAGUUUAUUGUUGGGGAUCUUGACUUGACAUACCAUUCGCCAGGUGUCCAAGACUACAUACACAAGGGUGGUUUCAAGAAACUGGUUCCAUUUCUUCAAGAUGUUGUUGUGAUGGAAGGAGUAGGCCACUUCAUCAACCAGGAGAGGCCCCAUGAUAUUUCUGAUCACAUAUACGAGUUCAUUAAGAAGUUCUAGUCCUUCAUAUAAAUACUUUCUGCACCUCUGUUAGCAAGCUCUUUAACUUUAGUAUCAUAAAUAAAUGCUCUCGUGGUGUUUAAAUUAGAAAGUAAAACUUAUGUAAUGAUUAUAUAAAUUUUGCUUAGCCAGUGUUUUCAAUACCAAGAGUUUCCUCUGCA